CCCAAUCAUAUUUGACAGUUGUUGCGGUAUUCAGAACUGCCAUCCUCGAAGCCAAAAGCCGAAGCUGUUUUGGAUUGCUGCACUUGUGUUUCAAAAAGUUGCAAAAGCAACAGCAGAAGAAUUGUAGAAAUAGCAACGCACCUAUUGCUUUCCGUUCACAGUUUAAGUUGUAUUUAAAAAUUGAUUUGCGUCGCGCAUCCGCAUAAGGCAAACGCGCUGAAAAACACCAUUCAAACUGUGCCUUCACCUCCCGGGAAGAAUAGGAACUCAGGGGAAGCGAUCUCUUGGUACAAUAGCUGACUCAUAGCGGCGUCGCAAUGGAUUGUGAUACCGGCGAACAGAAGGCGGCUCCGUUGCAAAAUCUCAACGAUGAGCUGCAGCGAAGCCGAUCCCCGCUAGAAACGGUUGCCGAGGAAGCGGAAGGAUAUCAACCCAUUCUGGUAACACCGUGCACGGAAUGGAAGUCGUAUCCGCUUCUGGUAGAGGACAGCACCAGGCUCCGGCUGGCACCGUCGCUCGAACGGGCCUUGCGCUAUUUUUUCACCCACCGGGGCAAAAACGUCACGGAGAUAAGCCGGAGCGAUCUGCUGAUAGUACUUAUCUACGUGAUCGCCCUCGAGACCGGUCUGAUACCCAAGGGUGCCACACUGCCCUCCGCCAUCUGGUCGGAGAAACAUCACUGUUACCGGUCGUUCGAUAGACGGCUCGUGCACCAUUUCGCCACCCGGUUACCGAUGGACUGGUUCCGGGCGGGGGCCGGCUCGUACCACUUAGAGCUGGAGCUAAUACACGAGAAAGCCAUCCGCAGCAACCUUUCCUGUACGGUGGUUGCGUUCUGCAGUGGCGAUUUGCUCAUUGUUAACUUGCUACCGUACCACGGGCUUUCAGGCUUUUCCACCGCAAUACCGAUCAGCUACCACGUACCGGCGGUCAAUGCGGUUCGGCUGCCCUUUUGCUACCAGUAUCUGCAGGGGCUUGCGGUGAAGGUAAAGAAUGAUCUGCUCAUACCGUUUCGGAACCAUGUGUACCGGUUCAUACCCACCGUCAGCCCAUCACUGCAAGGGAUACCGCCCGAGGUGAUGCUGAAGGUGUCGGCGCAUUUGGAUAGCUUCUCGCAGCGGAACGUAAAGCUCGCUUUAAAUACGACGCCCUAACAUCUAGUAAUGCUACAUGUAAAAACUUAUGUACAAAAUGUUGGAGUGAAUGUUAAUAAAAGUAAAUAAACGGUCUCGUAAACCUGUUGCUGUAA